AACAAGCGUUCGCGUUAUACAAAUAUCGUUCCUAAUUCAUAAAUCGCGUUAGAGCAAAUUCGCGUUAUCAAAACACGCGUUAUAGCAGAACUCACUGUACUACAGUACACAGUUCAGACGAGGGUAAGUACAAACAAAGAAAAAAUGUGCUUAAACAUUGGGUGUAAAGGAAAUAAAUUAUACUGUACAUUAAAAAAAUACUGUUUUAAAUGAUAUACUAUAGCGUAUUUCCAUACUACAGGUAGUCCAUUUUCUUGACAGUGUUCAGUGAUGAAUAAUUUUGGGUGUGACAAAGGCCAUAUACUGUACAAGGUAUGUUAGAAAAUACUUGUCUGAAAUAUGUCAGAAUUUGUCAGUCUUAAGUGUGUCUUUUAAAGCCCGAUUCACACUAGCCUGUUUUGACGGCCGUCUCUGAUGUUACAUAGUAAUUAAUGACAUCAUACCAGCCCAUUUGAUGGACAUUGUGUGAAUCAAAGAACAUCUGCUGCCUAUUUCUGAAGUGCCUGUCAAUGCAGGAAAGAUGAAGUAUUUUCAUCUCACCUGUCCAGAUGGAAAGCGCUGGUACUGUACCCAUCUGUAAGUUGUUGAAAUUAGUCGAAGAUCACAUAAAAAUUAAAUAAAAUAACAAUGGAAUUCAGCUCAACUAAUAUAAUCACUCUUAAAUACUGUAUGCCUAGUAAAUACUGCAUUCAUAGUGGAAAUGAAAAGAUUCAAUACAAAUGUUAACGCAAGCAGUAAUGAGUAGGAUAACCCUUAAACAAAUAUUAUGUUAAGUUGUAAGUCAUUAUCAUGCCAUGUAUACAGUAUAAAGUAUCUAGUUAGUGGAGUUACAGAGACAAGGAGUAGUAUGGUGUUGUGUGGUAGUGGGGAGGACUUGUUUUGCAUAUGAAACACCAGACUCGGCAACAUGUGUUACCCAAGGCAGGGCUGAGGCGAGCGGCUCCAACACUAGUUGUUACCAUCAUAGGUGGUUUCAGGGGCUGAAGAUGUCGAAGGGACGUGUUCGUUUUCUCCGCACACCAAACCACCACGGUUACAGUGUCAAAUUUUCCCCAUUUGAUCCAAAUCUUAUUGCUGCUGCAACAGGACAAAAUUUUGGACUGUCAGGUGGAGGGAAGUUAAUCACUGCAGACCUUGGUCUUCCUGGUGAUAGUGUGUUGUGUUGCUUUGACUGGAAAGAUGCCUUGUUUGACUUGACUUGGAGUGAGCAAAAUCCUCACAACAUUGUAACAGCAUCAGGAGAUGGCAGCCUACACUUUUGGGAUAUAACUAAGCCACAGGCUCCUCUGAUGGUGUACCAGGAGCAUUUGAAAGAAGCUUACAGCUUAGACUGGAGUCAGACACGAGACCACCAGCUCUUCAUCUCUGCGUCAUGGGACACAACACUUAAGCUGUGGGAUCCAAAUAGAAGAAAGUCAAUAGUGACGAUGACAGGCCAUGAAGCAAAUGUGUACCAGUGUGCCUGGUCGCCCCAUCUUUCUGGCUGUGUUGCCUCGGUUUCAGGUGAUGGAACAUUAAGAAUGUGGAAUACAACUAAGGAAUCUGGACCAUCAAUGACAAUACACGCUGUAGAUGGAGAAGCUCUCAGCUGUGAUUGGUGCAAGUACAACCAAAAUAUUAUUGCCACGGCAGGCACAGAUGCCCGAAUCCUUGGUUGGGAUCUGAGACAACCCAGACAUCCUGUUUUUGUUCUUACUGGGCAUGGAUAUCCAGUGCGUAGAGUGAAGUUUUCUCCUUUCAAUGAGACUCAGUUGGCAUCUGUAUCUUAUGAUUUCACAACAAGACUUUGGGACCACUCAGUACCUUCUCCAUGCUUAGAAGUAAUGGAGAGUCAUACUGAAUUUGUUUAUGGCUUGGACUUUUCAAACCAUCAAGAGAGUGUAAUGGCAGAUUGUGCAUGGGAUCAAACCAUUGGAAUAUACAAUAUGAACAACCGGACUCUUCCUCUAAAUCAACCCUUAUAAUUAUUCUGAAUAUUUAGGCAGAUUAAAACUGGGAUGACAUAGAUUGCAAAGUUGGGAAUGCUGUACAGAUGCCGUAGCUACUUCACUCCUGAGCAGUUGCUCCAAGUAUAUAAGGGAUUCAUUCGUCCUAACUUGGAGUCCUGCUCUCA